AUGAAAAGGGGAAAAAAAACAAAGAAGAAUAUUAAAUAUAUAAGAGAUCAAAUAAAGGAAAUAGAAUUAGAAUCCAAAAUAAUUAAUAAACACAUUAAAAAAUUGGAAGAGGAAAGAAAAAUAUUUCAAUUGUCUACUGUUUUAUUAGAAAAAUACAGCUCUUUUAUAAACACAAAAUUAGCUAAUAAUUUAUCUAUUCAUAUUUUUAAUAACACAUUUUUAAAUAGCUGUGGAAUUCUUUUUACUAAUUACCCCCAUAAUGAAAUAUAUUAUAACAAUAUAAGUCCAUAUCCCCAAUAUGGAAAUUAUACUAUCAAACAUAUUAGUUCAAAUUAUAUUUGUAACGAAAAUGAUAAUAAAGAGAAUAGUAAAUAUAAUAAUAUAUUCCGGUUAAACUCAAAAAAGGGAAAAUAUGAAGUGGAAAAUAUUAAAGCGGCAUCAAACAAACUAGACGAUAAAAUUAAUAAUCAAACAACGAGAACCCAUAGUUGUCAUAAUAUUUAUAUAAAAAACUAUAAAAAAUCAAAGGAUAUUUUGAAAAAUAAGAAUAAUGUAUUUAAAAUAAAAAGGGAAACGCUUCAUUCCAAUUUUAAAGAUCCUACUAAUAUGCUAUUCGAAGAAAGCCACUUUAAAAAGCUAAAUAAUAAUUAUACCAUAACAGAUAACAAACUGAUAGAAAGUGAAAACUAUAUGUCAAGGGAUGAUGAAAUAAAUACAAGCAUCACUAUUUUAAAUGAAAAAAAUAACAUGAAAAAUUAUAAUAAGCUAAAAUUAAUGCAAACGGAAAUUCAAAAAGAGAAAAAACCAUAUAUGGAACAACUGGAUUUGAAUUUAAAAGAAUCUAUAAACGAUUCUACUAGUUCAAAUGAUGAAUAUAACGCAGAUAGUUAUAUAGAAAGUCAAAAUGAUUUAAAUGACAUUGAUCCAUAUACUGAUUUAAUUAAAAAUGAUAAAAUUCUACUAACCUAUGAAAAUCAGAAUCUAAAUGAAGAAAAAAGUAGUAGUACAUUUGGAGGUUUCAUGAACAAUAUAAAAAAAAUUUUUUUUAAUGAUCAAAAAAAUAUAUUAAGUUAUAAAAACAGUGAAAGUGACUUAAUUAAUGAAUUGGAACUCGAGAAACAGCAUACAAAUGAAAAAAAAAAAAAAAAAAAUACAAACAAAACAGACAUGAGUAUAUUAAAAUUUAAAUGUGUAAUUAAAUCUAAAAGAAUAAAAAUUUAUUUAUGUGUAUGCCCUAAUUGCACAAAACAAUUUUAUCUUUUAAUAAAAAAAUUCCCAAAUAAAAAAAUUAUAUCAAAAGUUUUUCAUCCAUUCCUUUUUUCUUCCUUUGUUGAAAGUUUAAAGAAAAAUAAUGACGACUUUUUUUAUCAAAAAGAUAAACAUAAAUGGGAACAGUUAUCUAAUAUGGAAAAUCAAUUUAAUGCAUAUCAUGAUAAUACUCUUUCAUUUAAUUUCCCUGACAGCAACUCUAAAUUUUGCAAUUGCUAUAUAGGAAUAGAAGAGAGGGAUAAUAAUAUUUUUGAGAACUUGGAUAUGCUAGUUUAUUUAUAA